AUGUUGGACCAAACACAUGUGCCGCCGAUUUACUUUCCUAGGCACUACUUGCACAGCAUCGAGCAGAAGGCCGAAGUCAAGGCUUCGUCUGAUCAGCCGAGUGCAGCAGUUCUCAUUGACAACAGUGAAUCCGUGACCAGCAGAGGCCAUUCCUACCGUGUCACUCAGAAAUCACACUCCCACGAGUAUGUUACCAGGCAGCCAGAAGCAAACAGUUUUUUUGAAACUGUUGGAGGUGAUCACUACAUAGUGCAGCCCCCAGGGACUCCAGUAGACAUCAGGCCUCAACUGUCCAGAUUCACAGAAAAGGACGCCAUCAAAGUAAAUACCAACUAUGAGCCUGAAAACCCCUAUCACCCCCACCACCAGCCAACUGCCAAAAAGCCAAAGAAAACUUCAAAAGAAUCCGUCAAGUAUGUUUACCACUAUGCCACAAUUGAAGUGCCAGUGUUUCCAGCCUUGGGUUUCAAGCGAUUCAAAGUCGGCCAGCCAAUUGUGCUCAACUCAAAGCUAUUGAACCAAGUCCAUCUCAGCCAUCAGUUUCAGCACUACAAACCCUACAAAAGCAGCAGCAGUAAAAGCAAAUGGCGGCCGAUUUAUCCCAAGAGAAAUCACUACGAACGUCCUUCCACCAUUUUGAACCUGUACUUGGAUGAACCUCACAAUUACUACUUCAAAAGAGGAACUGCUGGGGAAACAUCUGCUGUUGAAAGCCUAGGAAAACAAGAACCAGAAUCUACAGAGGAAACACAACAACAACAAGAAAAACAGCAACAAGAAGCCAAAGAACCUGUCUCAUAGCUUUUUCCCACCAAAAUGCUCAACAAAUUCGUUGCUCAUGUACAAAAAUAAAUGAAUAACUCCCUGGAACCAAGAUAUUAAAAACGAAAUGAGCUUUUCUUAUUUUGAAA